AUGGAAAAAUAUUUCAAAAGAAAGAUACCACUAGAAUCUGAAGUCACUCCAUUAGUCUCUUCUAAUAAAAAGAAGUUCUUAGAAUUCAAUGUGGAAAGUCUGGUAGCUGAUCCUGGACAACGACCCAAAAUUUCAAAUUAUGAUCCAAAUGACAGAGAUGAAGUUAGACGAGCUUAUUUGCAAAAAGGUCCUUGUCAACCAAGAGAACAUGAUUUUCCACAAACAUAUUUUGGAACUUCUCUCCGUAGAUUUAAUGCUUAUUGGUUUGAUGAAUUUGGCAAUUGGUUGGAAUAUAGUAUUUCAAAAGAUGCUGUAUUUUGUCUCUAUUGCUAUCUUAUGAAACCUGAUGGUGCGAGUGGUGAUGCUUUUGUAAAAGAGGGCUUUUCAAAUUGGAAAAAGAAUGAGCGAUUACAAACACAUGUUGAAAAUCAUGAUAGUGCUCAUAAUCAAACUCGAAGAAAAUGCGAAGCACUCAUGAAGCAAAAGCAACAUAUUGAAGGUUACGAUGGAGCUACUAAUAUGCAGGGAGAAUUUAAUGGCUUAAAAAGUUUGAUCUUAAAAGAAAAUGCUUGUGCUUUUUAUGUUCAUUGUUUUGCUCACCAACUUCAAUUAGCACUUGUGGUUGUUGCAAAGAAACAGGUUGAAAUUGCACUACUUUUUAAUUUGCUUGCUAGUUUGUGCAAUAUUGUUGGAGCUUCUUGUAAAUGUAAAGACAUGCUUUGUGAAGGUCAAAUGCAAAAGACAAUUGUUGCAUUACAAAAUGGAGAUGUUUCUAGUGGGCGUGGCUUAAAUCAAGAAACAACAUUGAAAAGGGCAGGUGAUACUCGAUGGGGCUCACAUUAUGGUACAAUACUUAGCUUGAUUUCUAUUUUUUCUUCCGUGGUAGAAGUUCUUGAAGUUAUUGAGGAAGAUGGAAAUAAUCCUGAACAAAGAGCUGAUACUAAUGAGUUGUCUCAAGCUCUACAAAGAAGUGAUCAAGACAUUAUAAAUGCUAUGACAUUGAUUAAAGUGUCCAAGCAACGAUUGCAAAGUAUAAGAGACGAUGGUUGUCACAAUAUUCUUGCUCCAAAUAUGAAUGAUAUAUUUGUAACACAAGGAAGAUCAAGGCGCAAAAUCCAAAAGGUCUCAAACUUGCAUCAUUUUCAAGUUGAAUUAUUUUAUCAAGUGAUUGAUAGACAACUUCAAGAGCUUAACAAUCGUUUUACAGAGGUAAAUACCGAGCUACUUCUUUGUAUAGCUUGUUUGAAUCUAAGUGACUCAUUUUUUGCAUUUGAUAAGGAGAAGUUGCUUCGUUUAGCUGAAUUUUAUCCACAUGAAUUCUCUUCUACUCAACUUUUGGCACUUGAUAGUCAACUAGAGAAUUUUAUAUUGGAUAUGCGUCUUGAUGAUCAAUUCUCAAAUAUAAAUGGAAUCAGUGGACUAUCUCAAAAGUUAGUUGAGACAAAAAAGCAUAUUGUUUAUCCAUUGGUAUUUAUUUUGUUGAAAUUAGCUUUGAUUCUACUUGUGGCAACAACAUCAGUUGAGAGAACAUUUUCUGCUAUGAAUAUCAUAAAGAGUCGACUUCGUAAUCGAAUGGGAGAUGAGUGGUUGAAUGAUUGUUUGGUUACAUAUAUAGAAAGAGAGACAUUCAAUCAAGUUGAUAAUGAAACAAUUAUUCAAUAUUUUCAAAAUAUGAAAACAAGAAGAGAAGUACCUUCAAGAUUUGAAGCGAAGAAAGUUAGCAGCUAA